UUGAGCCAACCCAGAAGUGCAAGGAUUUCAGUGCUGUCCUAGCACAGGAGGACACAGCACAGCGGCCAAGCAGUGUCCCACCACCAGCCAGCCACGCUGUGUGCUACACGGAGGCAAGAUGAAGAAGGCAACAAGGACAAUAAAAAGAAACUAAAUAACACACAUACACACAGACACCUCCUCUGCUACAUUGUCCUUUGUUUAAAAAAUCUACUAGGAUUUCAUUUAUCGUCCAGAGAUUAUUCCUGUGCUGGAUUAGAUGAAAGGGAUUAGUACUUUUUGCCGUCUCUGAGCAGCAUAUGUGUGGGGUGUGAGAGGCUGAAUUAAUGGGAGUGAACACACUGUAGCAGGAUCACGAAUCAGAGGUGGGAAAAAAACUGCAUUUUGGAUUUCACUGGCGCUUCUGGGUUGCCUGGGUGGCCUCUGAAGCAUUUCCUAAACAAAGAUGCUUAUGUGAUGUUUGGACUGUUUCAUUGAUGCAUUUAAUUCCCCCUGAGGAUUCAAGUCAAUAUAACCCCAGCAUAUCUGGAAUUUAUUUCAUGGAUUCAGAUGAACAGGGAAACCCAACAGCAGAGCAAGAUCAAGUAGGGAAUCUCCCUUGAAAAAGAGCAGCUAACAAUGAAAACACCUUUAGGAGGGAAAUUUCAAUAAAGGUACAGAGCUCCACAAGUAGGAGGAGGGGGAGGAAUUUAUACAGCUAAAGAAUGAAAGAGCUUCAGCAGGACCUUCCGCUUACAGCAACUAAAGUAUAAGAGCUACAGUAGCUUUUUUGAGAUCUGGGUGAAGUAUUUUGGUUCAUAAUUGAAUUAUUCUUUUUUUCACCAAUUCCCUGCCAGCAGACAGUGGACAAAUAUGGCUCAUCCCAGGAGAGGAGGCUAUGAUCACCGGGACAUAGUGGUAAAAUAUAUCCAUUAUAAACUAUCUCAGAAGGGGUAUGCAUGGGAAGAGGGAAGGCAGCAGGUCUCUGCUGAGCACCCUCAAGCUUCUGCUGCUAUUAGUAAUUAUUCUGAUGAUGGAGAAAUGCCUGCUGCUUCCGCAGAUUCACGUGGACCACCUCAGUCUUCACUCGCAUCUGCUGCUUCCUCAGAUGAGGAAACCCCAAGUAAUACUCCAAUAACCUUUGUGGGCAAUGCACCUGCUGUUCCCAGGAGGUCUGCAUCUGCUGUUUCACCCUUAGCUGAAUUGAAUGUCGAACCAAGAGAUCUUAAUGUUAAUCCAGAUGCCAGUCGUGCUGCAGAUGGUGAUAAUAAUGAUGCUGAUGGUGGUGAUGAAGCUGUUAUGCAGCCAGUCCCUUCGGCAGUGCUACAGACCUUGAGUCGAGCUGGAGAUGAGUUCUCUCGCCUAUAUCAGCAAGAUUUCAGACAGAUCUCAGGGCUCCUCCAUUUAACCCCAUCCACAGUUAGGGUGCGCUUUGCAACAGUGGUGGAGGAGCUCUUUCAUGAUGGGGUAAACUGGGGAAGGAUUGUUGCUUUUUUCGAGUUUGGUGGGGUCAUGUGCGUGGAGAGUGUUAACCGCGAAAUGUCUCCUCUGGUGGACUCCAUUGUGGGUUGGAUGACAGAGUACCUAAACCGUCACUUACAAAAUUGGAUCCAGGAACAGGGAGGAUGGGAUGCAUUUGUGGAGCUGUACAACAGCAAUAUCCAGCCACCGUUUGACCAGAGCUGGUUAUCCAUCAAGACAAUAUUAAGCCUUGCUGUGGUUGGAGCCUGCAUCACAAUAGGGGCAUAUCUUGGCCACAAAUAAACAUGGUGCAUGAUGUGGAAUGGAAGUAUCCAGACCUUGAAGAAUUGGACACUUUGAUGUGUAAUACUAGUGGACCAAUUGUUAAAUCAGCUAUAACUGCCAAAGGAGGUUUCACUUUAUUUUCUGUAGAAAUGUUUUCUUUUUAUAGAGGUUUUAUUUAUUAAAGUUCUUUGCAUUUCAA